AUGCGUUUCUCUACCCUCGCCGCUGCCGCUCUCAUUUCUGUCGCCUCCGCCGACUUCACCUCUUACUGCUGUGGCAGCUCCCGACCCUUUUCGGAGGGCGACAUUGCUUGGGCCUUGGAUCCCAAGAACGGACGCUCCCAAGAGCUGGGUAUUGCCGGAGGUGCCAAGUACACCUACAGAACUGGCAUGUGCACGUUUGGCGGCGACACGCCCAUGGCUUGCGGCAAGUACACAACCACCGCUCGCACAUCUGAGCGCGCCGGAACCCAGUUGAAGAACGGCUUCCUUUCUUGCGACGAUCCUUUGUACAUGAAGGCCAACCUCUGGUCUGAUUAUCUCCCCGUUUAG